UCGGAGCCGCAGCGGUUACUGGCGGAGCGGGCUGGCGAGCGCGGCCUGAGCCGGUUUGGGGUCGGAUCGGAAGCGGCGGGGGUCGCCUACUCCACCGAGACAGGCUUCAGCUGGAAGCAGCCGCCAUGAGGAGAAGUGAAGUGCUGGCAGAGGAGUCGGUGGUUUGUCUCCAAAAAGCCCUGAACCAUCUUCGAGAAAUCUGGGAAUUGAUAGGAGUUCCAGAGGAGCAGAGGCUACAGAGGACCGAGGUUGUCAGAGAGCACAUAAAGGAUCUAUUGGACAUGAUGAUCGAAGAAGAAGAGAGUCUAAAGGAGAGACUCUUAAAAAGUAUCAACUUUUGUCGAAAAGAGCUUGACACUCUGUGCAGGGAAUUAAGCCUGGUAUCCUUUGAAGAGAAGGAAGAGAGCACCAUCUUGCAGAUAGAGAAGGAUUUGCGCACUCAGGUGGAAGUGAUGCUCAAGAAAAAGAAGGAGAGAAUGCAAGAACUAAAACUGCUGCAAGAACAAGACCAGGACUUAUGUGAGAUUCUUUGUACCAAACCAUACAGCAUCGACAGGGCUUCGGUCCCAAGCUUGCAGGAGCUGGACCAGUUUAGGCAGCACCUGCAAGCCCUGGCUGAAACCAAGGCCAGUAGGCAGGAGGAGUUCAUCAACACAAAGAAGCAAAUCAUACUCUGUAUGGAAGAGCUAGAUCACGCCCCAGACACAAGCUUUGAGAGAGAUGUGGUCUGUGAGGACGAAGAUGCUUUCUGUCUGUCAGUGGAGAACAUCGCUGCGCUACAAACGCUGCUCCGGCAGCUGGAAAUGAGGAAAGCUCAGAAUGAAGCUGUGUGUGAGGGUUUACGAUCUCGAAUCAGAGAACUCUGGGACAGGUUACAAAUACCCCCUGAAGAGAGAGAAGCCCUGGCCACAUUCAUGACUGGGUCAAAGGCCAAGAUAAGGAAGGCGCUGCAAUUGGAAGUGGAUCGACUAGAGGAACUAAAGAUUCAAAACAUGAAGAAAGUGAUUGAAGCAAUCCGGGUGGAGCUGGCUGUAUAUUGGGAAAAGUGCUUCUAUAGCCAGGAGCAGAGACAAGCCUUUGCCCCCUAUUUUGAUGGGGAUUAUACUGAGACCCUGCUCCAGCUCCAUGACUCAGAACUCGUGGAACUAAAGCAUUACUAUGAGGCUCACAAAGAGCUAUUUGAAGGCGUUCAGAAGUGGGAAGACAGCUGGAAGCUUUUCUUAGAAUUUGAGAGAAAAGCUUCAGAUCCAAGCCGAUUCACCAAUAGAGGUGGAAAUCUGCUGAAAGAAGAGAAGCAAAGGGCCAAGCUCCAGAAAACUCUACCUAAGCUGGAAGAAGAGUUGAAGGCACGGAUUGAACUGUGGGAACAAGAGCACUCAAAGGCCUUUGUGGUGAAUGGACAGAAGUUCAUGGAGUAUGUGAUGGAGCAGUGGGAGCUGCAUCGUCUGGAGAAAGAGAAGGCAAAGCAGGAGAGACAGCUCAAGAAGACCCAGCAAACAGAAACAGAGAUGCUCUAUGGCAGUACACCUAGGACACCCAGCAAGCGGCGAGUACUGGGCCCCAACACGCCAGGCAAAGUGCGCAAGCUUAAUUCCACCACAGUCUCCUCAGCCACUCCCAAUAGCACCAUCCGCUCUGUCUUCGGUGGGACUGUCUACCACUCCCCAGUGUCCCGCCCUCCACCUGCUGGAGGCAAGCCAUCCAAGACUCCUAGCCGUCUGGGGCAAAGGACAGUCCCUCUGGGCAGACAGGGACACGACAAAGAGAACAUUGAGUUGAGUGGCAGCAUCCUGACUGGUGGGUGUCCCUACUCGGCCCCUCUCCAGCAUAACCUCACCGUUAAUUCUGUUGCCAGCACCUAUUCUGAGUUUGCGAAGGACCCUUCCCUCUUUGACUGCUCACCUGUUGGGUCUCAGCGAGAACUUUCAAAGGCUUCCAGAUCUGACAUCCCUUCUCGAAUCCUCAAUUCUACAAAUAUCCAGUCCUGAGAAGACCCUCGACAUCCUCCCCGCUUGUGGCUUCCCUGUGCCAACACUGGACGUAAAGACACUGGGGUGGCUUGUUUAUAUAUCUAUAUAAAUAUAUCUAUAUAUAUAUGUCUUAUUUCAGGCUUAUUCUCAAUUAAGGAGAUGUUUAAACCAAUGACUAGAUCCAAAGCUCAGUAUAAAAGGUUACAGCCAUAGUGCACAAGCCUUUUAUAGGUCCAGCUGUUCCUAGGGACUUAGUCUUAAUCAGUAAUUCUUCCUCAUUGACGCUAAAUAAAGUGUAAACCUAGUUUAAUGUAAAUAGCUCAAAGUGUAAAUUUUAAUGUUCUAAAAGACGUAUAGUGUUUACCCUGUUCCUUGACUCACUUUUUAACGGUGUCAUUUUUGUUUUUUAAUGAAAUAGAAGAUGGCUGGUUGAAUCCCUCCUUUGUGUAGGUUAUAUCUUUUUACAUUGUCAUUUUGACUCAUAGACUAAUAAUUAAAACUUUUUCAGUUUGUGAAUUUUUAACGAAUUAACCCCUUAUUUUAGCGUUGUUCUUUUUCCUCAAAGGGAUAUCCCCUUUGAUAUCACUUAGGACAGCCUACUAUAAGUACAAUACAUAUAAUCUGCUUCUUUAUUUGAAAUUGGAAUGGUAUAUAAGGGAAACACAAACUUCUGCUAAAGAACUGACUAGGAAGAUUAGGCUAAAUCCCUGGAAGGAAGAGAACUGGCCCCUCCCUCCCAUAUCUUCUAUUUAUGUUGUCUUUAGUCACGUUGGCUGUUAUGUCUCUCUAUUCUCUAAGAGUUAAACCUCAGCUUUGCGUGCGUGUGUGCGUGCGUGUUAUUGACCCCUCUACUUGGCUCUUGUUCCUGUCCGAAUCCAUUGUCCUCGUCCUUUCUCUUUACAGUAAGACUGAGCUUGAGGGGUAGUUACAAAAUUGGUUACUGAUUUUCUAAGAGUACAAAUCUGCAAUUUUCUCUUUGUAGUGCUAGGGAGCUGCCUUGGUUACUGUUCACAAUGCUGGAGAAUCAUGCCUAUGUACUUUAUCACUCCAGCUCUCUCCAAAGCACUAUUUAUUCUCUAACUGGGUCUUUUUAAAAUGUGCAUGCCUGAGCACAUGCUGCUGUGUUGUUGUUCAUCAUAAUAAAUGGUUCUCAGAAGUUUGUGUG